AUGGCUCAAGAUAUUGUCUCGCCUGUCUCUGCCAGCGAUGAGUACUAUAAUCUAGGCUCAUUUGGCUGUCCCAUCACCACCACUAGUGUCGACGCCCAGACUUGGUUCAACCGAGGCCUUAUUUGGGUCUAUUCCUUCAACCAUGCAGAAGGCGCCUAUUGCUUCAAACAGGCCGCUGCGCAUGACCCUGCGUGUGCGAUGGCGUACUGGGGCAUCGCCUAUGCCGUUGGACCAAACUAUAACAAAGCGUGGAAUAAAUUCGACCGCGGUGAUCUCCAUACAUCCGUCAAACUAGGCUACAAGGCAUCUCGUGCUGCAAAAGAGCUCGUUACAAGGGCAAAUUCAUUUGAGCAAGGUCUAAUUGAGGCAAUACAAUCGCGCUUUCCGACGGAUCGGCCCGAGACUGAUUACCACGCCGUCAAUAAAGCAUAUGCCAGCGCCAUGAAACCAGUUUAUGAUGAAUUCGGUCAAGAUUUGAACGUUGCUACUCUAUAUGCCGAUUCAUUGAUGAAUAUGGCCCCCUGGGCCCUGUGGGACUUGUUCACAGGCAAACCAAAUCCGAGGGCCCCAACCAUGGAGGUAAAGGCUGUGUUAGAUCGAGCGCUGGCACAAGAACAGGAUGGUGCAUAUUUGAAUCCUGGACUUCUCCAUUUGUAUAUACACUUCAUUGAGAUGUCACCCACCCCGGAGCUAGGCAUCAACGUCGCUGACCAUCUGCGUGAGCUUGUCCCCGAGGCCGGACACGUCAACCACAUGCCCACACACCUGGAUAUCUUAAUCGGUGAUUGGCGGCGCUCAAUCGCCUCGAAUUCCAAAGCAACCAUUGUGGACGAGAAAUAUUUCCGAAGAUCAGGUGCGAAGAAUUUCUAUACAUUCUACCGCAUGCACAACUAUCAUUCUUUGGUCUAUGCGGCUAUGUUUGCUGGCAAAUCAAAAACUGCUCUCGAUGCGGUCACUCGCAUGGAAUCAACAGUCCCUGAAGAAGUCCUUCGAAUACAGUCCCCGCCGAUGGCUGACUGGUUAGAGCAAUUUAUGUCUGUUGGUAUCCAUGUAAUGGUGCGCUUCGGUAUGUGGGAGGAACUCAAGGCCAAAGAGCUACCAAAAGACAAGGUACUAUAUUCGAGCACCACCGCUAUCGUCCAUUAUGCCAGAGGGAUAGCACUUGCCGCCCUGGGAGACGUGGAUGGAGCCAUGAAAGAACAGGAUGACUUCCACGAAGCGUGGACACGAGUGCCGCAGUCUCGGCGUGCGUACAACGGCAAAAUGGUCGAUGUACUCAAGGUAGCUGCAGCCAUGCUGGAAGGAGAAAUUCAAUACCGCUGCGCUAGCUAUAACAAUGCAUUUGCCGCUCUCCGCCGUGCUAUCGACCUCGAAGACGAAUUGCCUUAUAGCGAGCCUUGGUCGUGGAUGCAGCCUGUUCGGCACGCAUAUGCUGCUUUGCUGAUGGAACAAGGUCAUCUGCAAGAAGCGGCGAAGACGUAUCGUGCCGAUCUGGGGCUGGACAAUUCGAUCAUUCGGCCCCGUCGGCACCCUAACAAUGUUUGGUCACUUAAGGGGUAUCAUGAGUGUUUGACUCGCCUGGGAAGAUUGGAAGAGGCGGCUGUGAUUGAACAGUCGGUUAAGUUGGCCCUUGCUGUAGCAGAUGUUCCUAUCAGGUCGUCUUGCUUCUGUCGCCUGGAUAAUUCCGAGGCGCCGCAGGUCCUUGAUACGUGCUCCAUCAGCAAGAGCUGUCACUGA